UGCGCUCACUGAGCGCCGGAGAUCCACCGUAUCUGCUGCUCUGCAACGAAGCCGAAGACAGAAGACGCUCCGGGGAUUGCCUUGAGAGUUUAUUCCCGCUCAGCCCUGCGUCGCUUUUGGAUAUAACUCUCCGAUCUGCAGCUGGUAAGCCGUCAACCAGCUUUGACAUGGCCAAAAGGAAGAUGGAUAGCAUCGGGCGGAACGGGAUGGUGGCACUUAUGCUGCUGUGUAAUCUAACAAAGACUUUUGUGAAGGCAAGCCUAGAGGUCAAUGAAACCCAGCAGCAGCAUCCCAUCAACGUCUACCACGACAUGGGACUCACCAGGAACAAGAUAGUUACAGCACAGUUUGAGUGCUAUCAAAAGAUAAUGAAGGACAAUACUAACAACAGACAAGAGCCCAUGUGUAAUCGCACAUGGGAUGGAUGGCUGUGUUGGGACGACUCCAAGGCAGGUGUCUCAGAGCAGCACUGCCCAGACUACUUCCAAGAUUUUGAUCCUUCAGAGAUGGUAACGAAGAUUUGCACUGACACUGGUCAUUGGUUCCUGCAUCCUGAGAGCAACAGAACAUGGACCAACUACACCCGCUGCAAUGAACACACCAAUGAAGGCAGAGUGACUGCAAUGAAUCUCUUCUACUUAGCCCUCAUCGGACAUGGACUGUCAUUGACCUCCCUCUUCAUCUCUCUCGGAAUAUUCUUCCAUUUCAAGAGUUUAAGUUGCCAAAGGAUCACUCUUCAUAAAAACCUCUUCUUCUCUUUUGUCCUGAACUCUGUGAUCACCAUUAUUUGGUUGACAGCAGUGGCAAACAACCAGGAACUGGUGCAGAGGAAUCCAACAAGCUGUAAAGUGUCCCAGUUCAUUCAUCUCUACCUGUUUGGCUGCAAUUAUUUCUGGAUGUUGUGCGAGGGAAUAUAUCUGCACACUCUCAUCGUGGUGGCUGUGUUUGCUGAGAAGCAGCACCUGAUGUGGUACUAUCUUCUAGGCUGGGGUUUCCCUCUUAUUCCUGCUACCAUACACGCCGUUGCUCGAAGUUACUACUACAAUGACAACUGUUGGAUUAGCUCCAAAACAUCGCUACUCUACAUCAUCCACGGUCCCAUCUGUGCUGCUCUCUUGGUCAACUUGUUCUUUUUACUCAACAUCGUGCGAGUGCUUAUCACCAAACUGAAGGUGACCCACCAAGCAGAGUCCAGUCUCUAUAUGAAGGCGGUGAGAGCCACCCUCAUCCUGGUGCCUCUUCUGGGAAUUCAGUAUGUCCUACUUCCCUACAAGCCGGAGGGACGGGUUUCCUCUGAAAUAUACGACUACAUCAUGCACAUACUAAUGCAUUACCAGGGUUUGCUGGUGGCCACCAUCUUCUGCUUUUUCAACGGAGAAGUCCAAGCGGUUCUGAGGAGGCACUGGAACCAGUAUAAUAUCCAGUUCGGCAGCAGCGUUGGGAACCACUCAGACGCCAUGCGCUCCGCCUCCUACACAGCUUCAUCCAUUACUGAGGUACAGGGCUGCUACAGCAUUGACAGCCACACAGAACACAUGAAUGGCAAAGGCUUCCACGACGCAGACGCCUCCAUCUUCAAAUCAGACAACCCCUUCGCCUGAGGGCAGCACUCUUUCCAAGCUAUGUCCAGCCCCCACACCCCUUCCCCCAACCCACAACCCCCCUUUUCCAAACUGCAGCAUGUUUGGAGCUCCGUGGCAACCAGGACAACAGGGACUGAGAACUCAUCCCCUCUUAUAGAUACGAUGUGGGAAGCAAUACUUAAGGAAAAGGAUUGUUUACCCACCAGAAGGAAACUGACACCUCUCUGUCACACGACAUAUAGGCCCUUUAACAGUACUGUGAGGUGAGCUCGAUACAACUAU